AUGACGCGGCUGCCGCGGGAGGAGGUGGCUUCGAUCCUUUCCAGUCGGAUCCAUCCCGAUCGUGCCCCUUCUUUCUUCAAGGCACUGAAGCUCCAAAACCCCGACCUGAUUCCUUCUCCGGAAGAGGAGAUGGACAAGCUGAAGGUGAAGCGGUAUGCUAAUGCGCGCGGGUACUACGAGGCUGUAGAGGAAUUCAUCAAAUUUCAGGCCUGGGUAAGAAGUGAGUACGCCAAGAAUGGCUACGUCGAGAUCGAUGAGGACUACCUCGCUCACAGGUCCGAGAUCCAAGCAUGUAGCGACAGAGCACGGGAUGCUGCAUUCAGAGCAAUCGGCUUUUCUCAUGAAGCCGAAGAGCUCAAGAAUCAGUUUAGGAGGAGACAGUGA